CUUUUUUUCUUAAUAAAAUAAAUGAUUAGGGCGGUAAUCUUGUUAGGUGGUCCAAGCAGAAAAGCUAGUUAUGGGACUUAUGAAUAAGCAUCUCCUUUAUUUCCAGUUAGUGGGAUUGAAAUAAUUGGUCAUCUCCUCAGUGCAAUUUAGAAAUUACCUAAUUUGAAGGAUUUUGUUCUAAUGGGUUAUUAUGAUAAGAAGUGUUUUUAACAUUUUUAAGAAAAGUACUAAAAGUUAUAUGGCAAAAAUAUUCGUUACAUUUAAGAAAUAUGUGAAAUGGGAACAGCAGGUGGAUUGGCAUAAAAUUUAGAUGAGUUGUUUGAUGAAGUAGAUGGUAUUAUUAAAAUAAAUAACAUUAAGAUCUUUUAGUUGUACAUUCAGAUAUUUGUUGUGACUUAUAAGCUUAGAAAUUAUAUGAAUAUCACAAGAAGUAAAUAAAAUAGAAUCUAAAUUAGUAAAUCUGGUAUUUGCACUAUAAUGACAGUUAGAGUAUCAAAAGAAGAUUCAACUCGUUAUGGAUGCUUAAUUAAGGAUUGUGAGACUGAUUAAUUGAUUCAUCAUGCCGAAAAACCAGAAUAAUUUAUUUCAAAUUUAGUAAAUUGUGGAGUAUACUUUUUUAAUUAAUCAUUCAAAACAACAAUAAUGAAUGCAAAAGCCAAAAAGGAAUCAAGUGUUAGUGAAGAACUUUAACAUUAACCAUAUGUUAAGUAUAUAAAAAGAAGUUCAGAUUUAGAUAAGGCUUACUUAUCUUUGGAAAAUGAUGUAUUAAAAUAAGCAGAAAGAGAAAAAGUGUUUUUAUAUGAACAUAAAGGAUUUUGGAAAUCAAUAAAAUCAACAAAUGAUGUUCUGAAUGCAAAUCGACUUCUUCUUUAAUAUUAUGGUCAAAAUCCUUUUUUAUUUAACAAUUAAGAUUAUGAAAUAAAAGGUGAUGGAGUAUUAAUUCAUAAGAGUGCUAAAAUUCAUCCAUCAGCAUCAUUAGGUAGUAAUGUCGUAAUAGGUGCUGGUUGUGAGAUUGGAGAAGGGGUACGAAUAAAAAAUUCUAUUCUUUUAGAUGGAGUAGAAGUCAAAGUAAUUAUAAUUAUAAUCUUAGAAUUUCUCUUUUAUUUAAAACUCAAUAAUCUGCUACAAUACAAUACUAGGAUAUUGGUGCAGAAUUGAAGGGGAUAUUUAAUUUUUAGGGCCAUGUGUGAUUGUAGACAAUGAAUUAUUUUUAAGAAAUGUUGUUUGCCUUCAAAAUUGCAGAGUUUCUGAAAGUUAAGAAGGAGGUUGUUUGAUGUGA